GAGUUUUUCGAUUUUUCCAACCUCGAUCUUAUCUGCCCCAUCAACCCGGAGGAAAUCAGCAACCGAUGGCUGAACGCGUACAUUCCGAUCCCCGGCCAGAGCGUCAAAAACUACCCGCCCACCGUGGCCGCGUUUAUCUACCGGCUCUUAAAGUCCUACACUGGCAUGGCCGUUCAUGGCCGCGGAUUCCCGCCGUUUGUGCACACCUCACAAUUAACCGCUGUGAGCCCUAAUCCGCAGCUCUCUAGUUGCCUAAGUAUCGUCCGGAUAUGCGACAAGCCGCUGCCGGGUAGCGAGAAUGCCACUGCUGAGAUUGUGCAGAGGGAGAUGAACAAUCUCUAUGAACAGCGCGAUACGUAUGACCAUCUAGCGCUGCUCAGCGCCUUCCAGGCCUUUCUCAUGUACACCAUGGUCUUAUUCUUCAGGCUGAGUCAAGGCCUCAACCCUUUUCUGCGUCAGGCCAUGAUGAAUCUCCAAGAGUUUGCGUGCGUGACAGCUCGCCAGGGGCUCAUGUGCCUGUCAGAGCAGCAGCACACGCGCCCCAAGUGGGAAAGCUGGAUCAUUGCCGAGGCUUCACGGCGGACGCUUUUCACCAUGUACCUCUUCGACAGCGUUCUCUCGUCAGAAGAUGGGCUGCCGACGUUUCUUGGAAUAGAAUUAGAAGGGUUGCCUGCAGUGGCAAACAAAACACUGUGGUUUGCCCAGACACGGCGUGACUGGGAGACGGCAUACAAUAUACAUCUUGCGGCAUGGGAUGAGGGAAGCCUCCGGAUCAAUGAGCUCUGGCCUAUCCCUGAAGGUUUGGAUGAAUCAAUCGUUGCAAAGAGACGCCGGAGAGUAGACAGUUGGCUGGAGGAUCUGGACGAAUUUGGCACCAUGCUCUACGCGGUCACAAGCUGCACACACGGA